AUGGCCAGAACUGGCACCAAGCGGAACUACCAGUCCUUGGACUUGGCCGAGGUCAAAAGGCCAAAGGUCGGGCCCAAGGACAAGAAGCCUGCCGUCGCUGCCGCUGCCGCCGCCAUCGCUGUCGGAAUGGUAGCUCGGGCCUCUUCAGACUCGGGCUACCAUUCCGACUCGUCCGCCGCCGCCGCCGCCGACAACGACAACGCGGGAGAAAGGCUCUUCAACAAGCAGACCGCCAAGAGACCUCCUCCCAGCUCCCAGCUCCCCUUGGCCGCCCGUCUGCAGCAGCGCUUCGGAGCUCGCGACGAGUCCUUGGCCCUGGCUUACCCGGAGCAAUGCGCCCGCGGUCUCUACAUCUACGCCGACGGCUCCAACAUCUCCGUGUCCUUCUUUAACGACCUGAAGAAGCGCAUGGGCAUGUCCAAGGACCAGCGCCUCUCAACCUCCGCCUUCUCCUUCCACGCAUUCAGGGGAAUACUCGAACGAGGCAGAGAGGUCAAGGAGGGCGUGAUCGUCGGCUCCCGUAACAACAAGGCCGGCAACAACAGGUCCUCCUCCUCCCCUUCCUCCGUCCCCCUGUACCUGCAGGAGGCCGAGGCGUGUGAUUACACCGCCAAGGUCCUCCAGCGGGUACCCGCAGACAACUCCUCGUCUGCGGGCUCCUUCGCGAUGAAGGAGCAGGGGGUCGACGAGACGGUCCAGCACCACAUGCGCAAGGCCGUCCUCGACAACCUCGGUGCCCCCGGCGUCAUGAUCCUCGCUACGGGCGACGGCAACCUCGACGGCGACAUGGAGGGAGGCUUCCCCGCCGCCGUGCAGUCUGCCCUCGCCAACGGCUGGGUCGUCGAGGUCUACCACUUCGCCGAGUCCGCCCACUCCACCUGGCGCGAUCCGCGGUUCCUCCACAACCCGGAAUGGGACGGCCGCCUCACAUGUCACGCGCUCGACGACUUCGUCUUUGACAUGGAUGCCAAGCAACAGCCGGUCACUCCGCUCGGAGCUGAGGUGCCUCGCACAGCCAAGAGCACCAGACGCGAGAGCCGGCCGGCUUACGUGCCGUCUUGGACCCUGCCACCUACUCAGAAGGCAGCCUCCUCCGUCUCUCUUCCUCCGGCAGCGGCGGCAGCGGCAGCAGUCACUCCCCCGCCAAGUCCCCCCUUGGAGAUGGCACCCGCGACUCCAGGGGAGAUGGCUCAGGCCGGACAGAUAGCCGAGUUGGUGGGCAAGCUGAAGCCGGAGUUGAUACCCGUCAUCGCCGCCUCCCUCCUCCGCGCCGCCUCGGCCACUCCUCCUGCUGCUCCUGCUUCCGCCCCUGCUCCCGCGUGUAUUCCUUCCGCAUCACGCGGGGACGUCAGUGGCUUCGCCGGCGGUGCGAUGGGCUACUUCGGAGCCCAGGUCCCCUCUCCGCCCGCCCUCUCCGCCUUCCCCCAGACCUACCCCCUCCAGUACCCCCAAGCCACCUCCUACACGGCGGCCUUGGGCCAGUACCAGUACAACGGGGUCUGGGGGAACCAGGUGGGCUACUACGGGUACACCGGCUGA